CUUCCUCAUCUUCUUUUCUAUCAACGCGUUUUCAAAAACAGAUGCCCUGCUCGGGAAGUUACGGACAAAACACGGAUAAAUCCGCCAAGUCGUCUUCUCCAAUUUCCAAGAGGCGCUCUCACCCGAAGGAUUUCUUCUUCUCUGAGCCUGCUCUUCUCUGACCUCAAAAAGAGACUCUACAGCCACUUCAUCAAGGAAACCUCCUCCUACUCAGAUCGAGGCUUCUGAAAAAUGAGCUGCCAAUGAAUCACCUUCAAGGUCACCAGUAAUCUCUACUUGGCCUCGGGGUCUUCUAGAAGAUCUGACCUCCUCACCACCAUGAAAGGGUUGGGGACCAACCGUAACAGACACCUGUCUGAAUCCUGUGAACCUCCCCCGGGCCAUCCAGAGGCCCUCUACUCUCACAAGACCUGCACCCUUCCACGCAGCCCUUACCUGCUGAGCCCCACAAUGGACCACUAUGGCACAAUGGACCCCCACCUCUAUCCUUCAGCCAACCCAGGCUCCCUUCCACCAGAGUGCAUGCUUCCCCUCAACAACCAGCUGUCCAACAGCAGCACCUUCCCCAGGAUUCACUACAACUCCUAUGACCAGUCUGACUUCUCCCCACCUGGAGACAGCAUCGGGGGGAUAAGUACAGGGACCAUGGGCACGUCCAUGUCCAUGGGAACAGGUAUGGGCAUGGGUAUGGGUAUGGGCAUGGCAGGGCUGAGUGGACGAACACCAAUGAUUACAAGUGGCUCAGCAACUAUAUCACAUCAUAUGACCAAGAACCAGGCCCCAUCCAGUCUGAUGGAGUUUGAUAAGCAGUUACCAGGAGGUCGUGACGGAUUCAGCACGUUGCAGUUUCACCGAACGUCUGCUGUUGCUGCCGCCAAGCAGCAAACAGACAGCCCUGGUCGCAUCCGUUACAUGCUGCACUCAGUGCAGAAGCUCUUUGCAAAGUCCCAGUCACUGGAGAGCCACAACAUGAAAGGAAAUGUCAAUGGACGCUCCACCGGCAGUGGAGGAGGCUCGUCUGGCACCGAAGACGGAGGGAAGCAAAAUCGCAGAUCCAAAAGUAAAGAUCGGGGUACAAAAUCAGAGGCGACUGCCAAACGACGACCACGCUCCAACAUGUCAGGCUAUUGGAGCUCAGACGAUUUGGACAGCAGCGAUUUGAGCAGCUACCAUAACACCAUGGCCAUGAUGACUCUGGGGCGUCCAACUGGCCAUGACAGUCAGGGGGGCCAGACCAGAUACAUCCAAAGUGGCUACAACACUAUCAGCUCCUCCAAAAGCAGCAAUGACAUGAAGUAUCAGGCACAUACUGGGCCUGGGGGCGGAGGAGGUGGUGGACUAGGUGGAGCAGGAAGAAUGGUGAUAAAUGAAAAUGACUAUAUGAAAGGAGGGUCCUGGUCCACACUGACCAUGGGCCAGCCGAGACCGGUGAUCCAGAAAGGCUCAGCUACUCUGGACAGGUCCAUGCUCAAGUCCCGAUCCUGCCAACCUGAACUGACCUGCAACUACCUGCAGGUUGGACGAAGGGGUGAUUGGAGUAGCACAUUAGGCCACAGCGGGGGUGCCAAUGAAAUCCCAUGUCGGCGGAUGCGUAGUGGUAGCUAUGUGAAGGCCAUGGGAGACAUGGAAGACAGCGAUGACUCGGAGGGAAGCCCCAAACCCUCGCCAAAAUCCGCCGCUCGGCGCCAGAGCUACCUCAGGGCUACGCAGCAGUCUCUGAGCGACCAGCUACCCCCACGCAACUGUCUUCCAUCUCUCAGAGAGCUCUCCAAUAAUCGCAGCCUGGACAACCUAGACUGCAUUGGGGAUACAGUUUCAUCUUUGCCCCCCUGGGAUGAUGAUGACUUCAGCCAGGCCUGCAGCACAUUGGGCAGACGUAGCUGCUUGGGACAGUUACAGGACCUGGAAAUGAGUCAUCAUUAUGAAGACCGCAGCUCCGAAUCCACAUUUAGAGAUUCCCGUUCCCAAUCUCAGGACAACCCAGAGCCUCUAGACUUGCCCAUGCCAACAUGCUUCCGAUCCCGCAGCCACAGCUACCUGAGAGCCAUCCAGGCUGGCUGUUCCCAAGAUGACGACACAGCAUCCAUGGACUCAGGCUGCUCACCGCCUCCGAUUGACACCACUGUUCGCACCUACAGCACCAGCAGUGUCUCUACAUGCAUAACCACCUGUAAGAAGGCUGCUCCUCCGCCAGUGCCGCCCCGUACAACCUCCAAGCCCUACAUCUCUGUGACAGUACAGAGCAGCACAGAGUCGGCCCAGGACAACUACCUGGACCAGCAGGACCGGAGGUCGGAGGUCAACAGCCAAUCAAGCCACGCUCACAGCAACUCAUCCGACAGCCUCGACAGCACCCGUGCCAACAGCCUGGCCCGGGGUAUUCCCCGCCCUCACCACAUCAUCCCCACUCCCAUCGCCACCCCAAGAGAGCCAAUCGUCCCCACCACAACUAAUGCUUCCACUGAGACAAGUGACUCAGUAGUCCAGCAUCAAUCACAGAAAUCAGGAUUAAACAAAGGCAAUUUAGUGGCAGAAGAGCCCCUAGUGGCACCAGUACCCAGGCGGAAACUCUCCUCCAUUGGCAUACAGGUUGACUGUAUUCAGGAAGUUCCACGAGAGGAGACCCCGCCAUUGGCCAAAUUUCAGUCAAUCGGAGUACAGGUGGAGGACGGGUGGCAGCUCAGUCGCUCAAGUAGCAUGGCCUCAAAACAAGAAACAGACUCAGACACACAGGACAUCCCUGUCAUCUCCCAUAUCAAUAACGCCAAACAUUUUGAGAAGAAAGUCAUGGUCAACAGUGCCAGCCAAUCCAUGAGCUCCCUUCCUGGACAGGACCAUUUAGACAACGGAGACACUACUGGUGACAUCUCUUCACCUCCACCACCCAGGCAGAUCCUCAAGCGCUCCACCACACGAAGUAGCUCUUCCUCUUUCUCUGAAAGUCUGGACCCGGCGCUGGACCCCUCAUCUCUACCACCUCCUGACCCUUGGCUGGAGAGUGGGAAUGGGAGUAGCAUCAGUGUUCCCCAGAGCGGAGGAGGGGGGACGCUGUGUCGGAGAGACGGCCACUGGUUCCUGAAGCUGCUGCAGGCCGAGACGGGACGCAUGGAAGGCUGGUGCCAGCAAAUGGAGCAGGAGACCAAAGACAACCAGCUCUCAGAGGAGGUGCUGGGGAAGGUUCGCAGUGCAGUAGGAUGUGCCCAGCUCCUUAUGUCCCAGAAGUUCCAGCAGUUCCGGGGACUGUGUGAACAAAACUUGAAUGUGAAUGCCAACCCGCGGCCCACAGCCCAGGACCUGGCAGGUUUCUGGGACCUGCUGCAGCUCUCCAUCGAGGACAUCAGCCUCAAGUUCGAUGAGCUCUACCAUCUCAAGUCCAAUGACUGGCAGCCCAUGCCAUCUGCGGCUGCCCAGUCGCCCCCUGAGCGGAAGGACGAGGAGAAAGAGGCCGCACUAACGUCAAAGAAGCCCGGUAAGGGACGUCCAUCGCUGGGCCGCGAGAAGAGUGCAGACUCCUCAUCCACCUCUUCUUCGGCCUCAGCAGAGAAGCAGAGACAUGAGGCUCGCAAGCGUCUACUGGCUGCUAAAAAGGCUGCCUCGUUUCGCCAGAACUCCGCCACGGAGAGCGCGGACAGUAUCGAAAUCUAUGUCCCCGAGGCCCAGACUCGCCUCUGAGAGAGAAAGAGAUGAUGAAGGAAAUGGGGUCGUAUCAAAGGACAGUUAAGUCGCUGAAAAACCUGGAAAAAUGAGAGGAAAACUUUUGCAAUGCAAAAGGUGGGGGGAGGAGAGAUGAAAUUCCCAGAGCCUGGGGUGGGGGUGGAUUUGGGCCUUUUUGAAACGCACUCAUACAGUUAUCGGCUGGUCCUGGUGGCUUCAAACUCUUAUUUAACAAAACAGAAAAAUGUUGAGGACUCGACAGACUUUGAUGCAGGAGACCCCUGAUUUGAGGCUGCCAUUGAAAACCUCAGCUGAUGAACUUUGUAAUGUCUUGUUCCUAUUCUUGAUAUCAUAAAAUUGUUAAUGAAGGUAUUGUUAUUAUGACAAUUAUAUCCUAAAGAAUCUAUAAGAAGACUGUUUUAAACAUUCCUCUAUCUUGGCUAUAAGAUCUAUUUAGUGGACAGGAGGCAAACAUUAAUGCUCUUCAUGUCUCCCAUCGUCCUCCUCUCCACCCAGAUCAUUGGCCAUCUUGUAGCUUUGCACAACACCGCCUUGUGGCCAUCGCACACACACUACGUCCACUGCAUUCACACACACACACACACACACACACACACACACUACAAACUCUCACCUAUGUAUGUCUUCCUUGUAUUUAUUUGUUUACUUUACUCAUCCUUUUGUUUUGUAUAGAAAUCGCUUAGAUCUGGUUAUUAAGAAUAUUUUUGGUAUGAUGAAAUUGAAAGUCAGAUUUAAAGGGGUAUUUAUAUAGUUCCUAACGAUUAACUCUUGUGUUUGUCCUUCAAAAAUGUUCUUGUGUCAAAUAUUUUAAGCACUGGUGAGAAUCUGUAAAGUUUAGUUAAUGGUUUGUAAUGGAAGCACAUCCUGAUAUUAAAGAAGACCGAGCAUGAGGAUCUCUCUUUCAGUCAGAAUGUCAGCGGCCACAAAAUUACUGAAUAUUAUUUUCUCUGUAGGGAAACCGUCUUCAACUCUUUUUUUUUUUUCAUUUCUUUUUAAUCUCUCUGUCCCAUUAACUUUGUUUUUCAUGUUUGUGCUGUAUCUUCAGAUUUCCAAGUGGAUAAUUCAGUCGGGAUUUGUUCCAUCUGGUUGUUUAAUUGCUUCUUUAAGUGCAUUAAUUUACUCACUUAUGAUUCAACUCAUACAUCUCAAGUGAAUCUAGGGCUUUUAUUGAAGUAAUGCAGCAGGCUGAGUAGGCAGGAUAACAUUGUCUUAUUGCUGUUAUUCUUUAUACUAUGUUUCCAGAAGCAUUUUGAUUUAUUUUGCCUCCCAUCACUUAACAAAAUCAAUCUUAGUUCUUUGUUACCUUUAUUGUUUCCCCUCCAUUGAACAUCAUCCACCUGCACUUUUUUUAUUCAAAGCAAAAAUGUUUAAUUAAAGCAUUACAUACAUUAGUCUUUGUGUUUUCAUCAUUUAUUAAAUAUUGCUUGCCUUUUUGUUUUUAUGGAAGACUACAUAAGCCAAAGAUGAAUUUUCCAUUUCAAAUUUAAAUGUCAGCAGCGGGGAGCUCACCAGUGGAAACAGAGUGAAGUAUAGCCACAUCACUGCAUGUAAUACAGGUUUAACAUUUUGAUGUGCACAUGCUCGGAAGCUUAACCAGAACUGCCCAUCAAUGCAACAAUACUGAGUAAUUGCUUUGGAGCGACCCCCCUCCCCUCCUCAGCCUAGAAACUCGCAUGUUGAAAUGUUUCACUUCUGACCUCUAGAGGGCAACACUGAAACAGUACAUCGUAGUAUACUGUAUGCAUACAAUGAAAAGGCAUUCACAUUAUAAGACAGCAAUCAGCCCUUCCCUUUUUUUGCAUUAAGAGGACACAUUGUGUAGAUUACACAUAUUUACAGACUCAUUGAAGCCAGUUCCCAAAACAAAGAGGCCUCUUGCUUUAUGACUUCAUGUGGACACUCUUCAGGAUUUCACCAUAGGAAGUACACAUCCAACCAUAAAGUCAACCCGGACUAGCCUUACAUCAACCGCAAAUGUUCACCUGUCUGUCACUCACAUUUGGUUUAUUCCAAAUGCCUGAUGACCACCAGCUUUCUCUUGAUGGUGGGCCUUUUGUUUGUCUGUUGUGUUUGCCAGCUGGGGAUGACGCUUAGCAAAGAAAAUGGCUCAGGGGUGUCAAUAAUCUGUUCCCUGGUGGCUGUCAAUGCCCCCGCCCUCCCCCAAUCGUUAGCACCUGAAGGCCUUUUGUGUGACUUGAAUUCAGUCGUUGGCUUGAUUUGAUUUCGGACUGCCAGGUAAAAGUUGUGUGUCUAACAAGUUGUUUUUUCCUGAAAUAUGCUAAGUGCUGUCGAUUAUAGAUCUCAAAGUUUUCCACAAAUUUUUUAAUGAUCUCAAUGUCGCAGAUAUUGAAUAUUUAGUCAUAAGAAUGAAGUCGUCUUGUAUGUGUAAACAGGUUAGCUUGAAGGCAAUAUAUUGCAAUAACUAGAUUUAAAUCUCCUUCCCACAUGCCAGUAUGUUUUUAACAUUUGAAACAAUUUGAUAACAUAUCAUUUCCUUUUCUUUCUUUUUUUCCCAUUUGCCACAUUGUCAGGCCCAAACCCUGCUGUCACCCUUCCUCACACAAUGUAUCUCAAGUACGCUUAGGGAAGAAGGGCAGGGACACAGAGAAAGUUGUUCUACGAUCCAACCGUCACUAACUGAAAGGCGAUGCUUUUCCAGACCGCUAAAACUGGGAUGGGAAAGUGGCAGGAGUUGUCAGUGGCUUACUUGCAUAGAGAAAAGAGAGCUGAUCUCAUACAUUUAAACCAGGCUUCCCUCCAAUACACACAGAUAUCACAGGGACACACCUCGGUAUAUUUCCUGGGUAAGGUUAUCCAUGAUACAAACAGCUGCACUGUGGGGGGUGGGGGGAGGGGGAAGUUGCUGUAAAGCCGUUUAUUUGAGGGUGUUAAGGGUCCCUCAUAGAGGUUUGAUAGAUAUAGGCCUUUGAGAGUCAAAACUGUCAUACCAUCAUUUGCUUAGGCAGCAGUCUGUUUUGGUAAAGCUUUAUUCUGACAUGUCAACUGGUUCAACGCUUGUAUUCAGCUGCUUUUUACUUUUUAAUGCGCCUCAAUCAACUACAAUGGUGAAGUUGCUACAAUAUCUUAUCAUCCAUAAAUGCAGGAAAAAAAACAUUAAAUGUUAAGCAAGAGGUAAUAAAAUGCAUCAUCUUUUUUGUACCAUAUCUUUUCCACUUUUUCCCUCUAAAAAUGGGUUUGACAUCACACAAUAUAUGAAGUUUAGCUACACUUUAAGAUUGUUUUAUGUAUUUUUCUGCAUUCCAGAACUGAAAAUAAAGGUUGAUUAGUAGAGGCUACAAGUGAAGAGAGACAGUUUAAUCCCAGGAAGAGAGUAUACCUCAGUGAAUCCACUCCCAUACAGUAGUCCAAAGGCCUGCUUGCAGAAAAGCCAAGCUCAUUAGCAUCUGUGCUUUGUUCCACUGAGUAGGGCAUAAAACUGGGAACGGGGUGAGGGGCAGAGCCCGUACCACAAGAAAUAUGAUAUAGCAAAAAGUGUCUGUAAAAAUACUAGAACAAAUAUUUUAUGAAGCAAGCACAUAUUUUAAAGACUAGGAUGUGUUCAGUAUAAUAAUCUAUAGGAUGUGUGUAUGUCAGGGUUUGUGGGGGUUUAGUAUAAAAGGGUUGUAUUGUUUGAGGCAAAGUUGUGAGUGAGAGGGUUUGUUGUUCAUAAAAUGAGAUUUACCUAGAUUCUUGUCACUAUACUCUGGUAACAUUUAAAGUAUAUGUGCAAUACUGAGUAAAAAGGGUUCUUUGAUAUUAAAAUGAAUACUAAUAAUCUUGCAUUUCUCCCCCCUGUGCUUCUUAAAGUUGUCUUCUGUAAAUACACCAGACUGAAAAUCUUCUUCUUUUACAAUGCUGUAGAUUUAUACAAUUUAAAGAGUGUUCAAAUGUAUAAUGGAGAGACGUUAACAUUCAAUAAAAAUGCACAUAAUACUUUCU